AUGAAGUGGUUCAUCUACCUAUUUCUCGGCUCAGUGGUGUGGGCUUCUCGAUCUUCGGAUCUCAAUAGACGGCUGCUGAAUAACAUUUUAGGCGAUGGAAGAGGGGAUACAAGUCCCUGCACCGAUUACUACAACUAUGCGUGCGGAAAGUAUGGGCAGCGUCACAUCAAUGACUCCUUCGUCGGGAUCUUCCAGGUGCUGAGCCACAAGGUGAACAAGAAGCUGCUCCAACUGAUGGAGGAAAAUGGUGAGAAGUCGCUGAACGAGUCGAGUGUGGAGGCGAAGGCCUUGCGAUUCUAUCUGAACUGCAGGGAGGCUCCUCCAGAAACACGGAAGAUCGAACAUUACUUGAGACAGGCUCCUCCCGCCGAGGGACUCACCUGGCCACCCCUGAACCCCCCUGGAACUCCCUGGCCCGACGAUCAGUUCACGUGGAUAGAAACUCUGGCCCAUCUGAGCCGAUACGGCCUCUCCGAUGCUUUAAUCCAGAUAGAAGUAACACAAAAUUAUCAGAAAAAUACGGAGUUUCUACUAAAAUUAGGUAGCCCCGAAUUAGCAACAAUUCUCGACCUUGUGGAAGUGCAAAGAGCUCUUCGGGCCAUGAGCGUGCCUUUGGAACGAAUCAAGACUCUCAUUCGGACCUUAAGACGACUAGAUUGGGAUGUGCGGACCGUGAUCGUAAAUCAUGACAACGGAAGAAGCCGAGUAAUGAGUGUACAAAAGUUGAAUAGUGAAACUGGCUACGAUUGGCAAAAGUUCAUCGAGAUAAUUGUUGGCCACCGCGUUCAACCCAACUUCCGGGUGGAGGUGGAGAACAUCGAAUAUCUCAAGGAAAUUAGACAGCUAAUAGACGGGGAAAACGUGGAACUGGUGGCCAACUAUAUGAUGGGCAAAUUCAUAGAAUAUCUCCAGAGUUCCAGUGACGGUGGCGGAGAUCCCUUGGAAUGCAUAAAGGAUGUGCGCCGCAAUAUGGGAUUGGCCUCGAACCUGCUCUACAAAGAUCGCUUCAUCAAAGACCUGCCAGCUCAAACAAAGAAAGUGGAGUGGAUCUUUGGAAAAAUUCGACAGCAGUUAAUCGACAAAAUCGAACGCAAUCGCCUUGACCUGACCCCUGAACAGAGGGGAAUGGUUACACGGAAGGUUAGCGAUCUUGUCCUCAACAUCGGCCACAUGCCAAAGUUCCUUGAGCACCGGGACUUUGCCAACGAAUACUAUAUGAAUCUCGAAAUUCCUUCCGAAGACCUCGACUUUGCUCGGGAACACCUAAAGGUCCUGAAGUUCCGCAUGCAAAAGGAGUUGGCUUACCUGCGGCAUCCACAAAAUUUAUUGCUUGAAUCGGUGGAUGCCACUACCUCUGAUCCCGUCCUCAUGGGCAGACAAAACUAUAUCGUAGUGCCCUAUGACCUUCUGCAGGAUCCGUUCUUCUCUUUCGGAAGUGACGAUAAGUUCCAGUUCAGCUUGUUGGGAUUUUCGCUUGCCCGGGAACUAAUGCGCUCCGUGGAUGAUAUCAAUGUGCAGUACGAUACCCACGGAAACCUAAACGAAAUUGGUAUUGAAAUCUCGAAUUCUCCGCGGUUCGAGGAGGCGGUUCAGUGUGUUAAGGAGACAAACGAGGAGGACAUGAACGAACGCCUUGCGGACAUUGGAGGUCUGAAUCUCGCCUACUCCGCUUACUUGGCCAGCCGCAAAGGGACAGUCAGUGGCGCCACCAAGGAGACCUUCUUCCGGAAUCUGGCCCAGUUCUUCUGCACAGAUGGAUUGCCGGAUGCCAAUGGUCAGCACAAAAACCAAUUGAACUUGGAGUAUAUGCUACAGGGUUUCGCCCCCUUCGACAGGGCUUUGGAAUGUCGUCGCGUUGCCCUUCAGUGCCAGUUUUGGUGA